GGGGCGGUGGGGUGGGGCAGGGCCGAGGGCUAGCGCGCGCUCGGUUUGCAGAAUCAAUAUUUCGGGAACUUUGCUCGCUCAGCUUCCGCGGCGCCAGGCUCAUCAUCACUGGAAUCCCAAUGCCUUGCUUUGCUGGUACGUCCGUUCAUUCUGCCCUUCAUUCUGUCAUUCAUCCGUCCAUUCCCCCUCCCUUGCCCCUCGCCAAACAAACAAACAUCUCUCCGCAUCCCUCUCCCUCCUCAGGCCAGCCAGACGCCGUCAUUUCCCCCCCUCAUCUCAACCCUCCUCGGGCAGUUGGUGCUACUAAAUUGGGAUUGCCUGGAAAUGUACCUGCUCACUGCUUCCGGCUAGCCCGGGCCCGGCGUGCUCUGCAACUGCAGCGUGGUGGGGUGGCCCAAGCCCGGCCGCCGAGCCCGCAACGUUGUGCCUGCUCCCCUCCUGCAAUCAAUCACACAAUGCGCGCCAGAGUCAUGAUCAUCAUCGUCCGCCCGCCGGCGCAGAUUGACUUUUUUUGCUUGCUGCUGACCGAGCCUCGCAAUCUGCCCCGGUCGCGGCGAUGAUGGAAAAGGCAAGUCCAAGGUGGGCUUUGCGUAUCUUUUUGUCAGCCUCACCACUUCACUUUGCGCACACUGGCAAUGCUGCCUUUGUGCACUGGUCAUCGCCUCUUCCUUUGUUCCUCGGCCCCCUUUUCCGACAUUCCACGUCAAUGUCUUAGCUUCCAUGCUACAAAUUCGACGACUUGUUUCGUGUCGUUGCGUGAUGGCCUGGCGGCUGCUCUAACAGCCACCCAUUGGUCCAUCGCCACCUCCCGCCCGAUCCGUGAAGCACCGUUUGAUUGGCUUUGCAACGGUCAGGUACAGCGACACUGUGCACUCCAUGUCCCGAUGAUAUCAGAGGAAAGCAAGGCGCCAAAAGCCGACGGAUUGAUUGCUUGCUUGCUUUUCGCCACGUGAAAACAACGC